CGAUUGAUCACUGUUCUGUAUUGUUUCAGGUCCUGAUGGCUGUUGGUAUGUGCUCCGCAGUUUGUUUUGGUCUGACCAUGUUCGCUUUCCAGACGAAAUGGGACUUUACAGUAAUGGGCGGUGCUCUGUUUGUUGCUGUCAUUAUCCUCAUGAUCUUUGGCAUUGUUGCAAUUUUCAUCCCUGGGAAAACCAUAACACUGAUAUAUGCUUCAUGUGGCGCACUGCUGUUUUCUCUGUAUCUUGUUUACGAUACACAACUUAUGAUGGGUGGAAAACACAAGUACUCUAUAUCGCCAGAAGAAUACAUUUUUGCUGCUCUAAAUCUGUACCUGGACAUUGUCAACAUUUUCUUGUAUAUACUUACCAUCAUUGGAGCAUCCCGAGAUUAGUAUGCCACUUCCACUUCAUUAUUUCAUUCUUGAAGCAGCAACUUGGUAUUGUAGCAAUGUAGUAUUAGAAUUCUGUCAGAAUAGGAAAUGGGAGGGUAGGUGCAUCCAGAUGUUGGCUGUUGCUUACAUUUGUGGCAGCUGAUGUUCAUAAUAUUGACUGAAAUUUUGUGACGAGGGUUUUGUUGUGGUUUUGUUCUAAUAUGGUACAGCAGUUAUUAAGUUUCAAGAAAAUAGAGAUUUGAGGUUUCCAUGGCAGUGAUGAUGUGCUUCUUGGUUUUGAUGCUUUGUGGACUGUUUGGUAGAUGCCACUGUUUCGGAGAAAUAUUCUGUCUCCAUCUGCAGGGCUGAAGAGGGGCAGAGGGAGGAUAGGAGAGAAGAAGUCAGCCCUUUUCAGGGCCCCACUAAGUGGGAUUGAUUCCGUGGUGAGAAACUCUCUCCAUUCUUGAUGCAUGCUUGGAGUCUUCCUGGCUUAGUCUCUACCUCAUUCCAUCCUUAUUGACCCGUUUCUUCGCACUUCCCUUCCUUCCCAUGAUUCACAGCAUCAUUUCUUCAGCCCUGAAGAUUGAAACAGUGGCAUUUAUUGUUCAGUCCACAUGGUGCCAAAACCCAGAAGAUAAUCAUCGUUAUAGACAUUUGUCUUGCUCGUUUACUUGAAAUAUUUCUGUAGUCAACUGUUAAUGUUGUUGAAGCUCAUUGAUACUUUUGUGCAUAGUACUUAUGCUCAAGGUCUACCAAUUGUAUUUUAUGUGAUUUAAUUUGACACAUAAAAUUCAUUUAUAAGUCUUAACAGAAAUUAAAUGCAUAUUGUUUCUUAAUGAAUAAAUCAUGAAAGAAAAGAGAUACAUUUAA